CCCGGUUGGAACGGGCAGCCACUUCGCCCUGUGAGCUGCAGGGGAGGCGCUGCGUCCCCGGUCCCAGCCGAUUGGGGUUCCUGCGCGAGCCUCCCUUCCAAACGCUGCAGGAGUACCUCCUGCCGUCUGACUGAGUCCCCGCUGCUGCGACGCACGCCCCUUCGGCGGCCAGGGUGGGGCCCGGCCCAGCCCGGCCCGAACCUGGUCCCUCCCGCCCCCACCCCGUCUUUUGGUCGCUGGGUGCUGAUUGGCUGGCCUGCCCCAUCCUGCAGGGACGCUGGGAUUUGUGGCCUGCGGGACUCUUGUGGCACGUGGGGCUCACUCACAGCUCAGAGCACCCCCACCACUGAAGCCUGCUAGGCACCCCUGGGGCCCGCAGACAGAUAUGGACCCUUGGGGGAAGCCACUCUGAAGUCUGGACAGAAGCACCCUGGUACAAGAGUGGUCCCAGAUGUCUGCCCCGCCCAGUUCACCAGCCACUAGCCCUGGGCCCUCGGGAGCCAAGAAAGAGGAACCCAGGCUUCCGGCUUCCUGGGGACCAAGUGCACGAGGUGUCCCCAGAAUCUCUUGGUGAGCUUGAUCUGGGGACGAGAGGCAGAAGCUGCUGCAGCCCCUCCGCACUGACCCUGAUCCCUAGUGCAAGCUGGGGGGUGGGGUAGAAGCAGCCCCACCAGGGCUACAAGGAAAAAGGGAGACACCCUCUCAGGACCCCUCCCAAGUGACAGGCAGGGGCUGAGUUCUCAGUCAGAACCCCUCCAGACCCCCAGGCUGAGGGUCCUGGAGCUGGCACCACGGAGCCUGGGCAACCUCCUCCACCCACCCAUGCCGGCCCCGCAUGAGGCCGAGAAGCAGCACACAGGGCCGGAGGAGGCGGACCAGCCCCCCUCAAUGUCCAGCCCUGCGUCCCCACCAGCAGCCCCUGGCCGCAGCCCCUGCUGCCUGUGCUGGUGCUGCUGCUGCAGCUGCUCCCGAAAUGAAGAGCGGCGGCGAGCGUGGCAGGUGUCCCGGGAGAGCAAGCUGCAGCCCCUGCCCAGUUGUGAAGUGUGCGCCACCCCAAGCCCCGAGGAGGUGCAGAGCUGGGCACAGUCCUUUGACAAGCUGAUGCACAGUGCAGCAGGCCGCAGCGUGUUCCGAGCGUUCCUGCGCACCGAGUACAGCGAAGAGAACAUGCUCUUCUGGCUGGCCUGCGAGGAGCUGAAGGCUGAGGCCAACCAGCAUGUGGUAGACGAGAAGGCUCGUCUCAUCUAUGAGGACUACGUGUCCAUCUUGUCCCCCAAGGAGGUGAGCCUGGACUCCCGCGUGCGGGAAGGCAUCAACAAGGAGAUGCAGGAGCCGUCCGCACACACGUUCGACGACGCACAGCUGCAGAUCUACGCGCUCAUGCACCGCGACUCCUACCCUCGCUUCCUCAGCUCCCCCACCUACCGUGCUCUGCUGCUGCAGGGACCCGCACCAUCCUCCGAGGCUUAGGCCGCCCACUGCAAACAGGCUGGCUGGGGUCUCCACCCUGGAAGCAGCCCCAGCCCCCUUGAGAAGGGCUGUGUCUCCUGGCUGUCCCCUCCCCAGAUGUGCAGCAGGCAGGAAGCCUGGCUGACGCAGUGCCUGUGCGUGGUGAGAGGGGGGCCCUCCUGGAGUCUAGAACUGAAGAGCCGUGCUGGGGUCCCCUCCCUGAGCAGCCAGUGGGACCGGGACAUGCCUCUGGUGGAGAGGAGACUGUGCCGCCCAGUUCUGUACCGUGAGGAGGACUUCCUACAUAAGAUGUCUGCACCCCAGAAUCGGACCUAAGCCUCCGAACCAGAUAUGGCGCCCCAGCGUCAAGUUCAAGGUGACAGGACCCAGUUUCUACUUUGUGUUCAUGAACUUUAAACUUGGAAACAUGUCCUGACUCUGUGUUUUAUCAAGAAAAAGAAAAGUUUGCAUAUUUAUCUCCACCCCUCCAAAAAAUGUUAGAAUGUCUUAUUGAGAUUAUUUUUAAA